AAAUUUGACAGCCGACCCAAACAUAACCUACAAAAAGUGCAAUAUACGAAAAAACGAUUUUCCAUCAAAAUAAACAAUGGAAAGAGACAUAGAACAGCUAAAUUCCGCCUUAAACUCGGUAAAAGUGCUUCGGUCGAACGUAAGGCGUAUUUUCGAUUCUGUGAGCAACGGUUUAAGAGCAGAUCAUGGAGACGAUGGAAAGGAGAACAAAUUUAUAACUGAGUUGCAAGAAAUCUUAACUACUGUCAAUACUAACUUAAGGGAUGUUGAAGGUUCGGUGGCGAAUUUAACAACUCCCGGUGGUCCAUUUAGUUUGGGGAAUACUACAUAUUUAAGUCAAGAAACUACCUUGGAAAGACAAGCUUUGUAUGGACAGUUGGUUAAUAGCUACAAAUGGACUGAUAAAAUACGAGAAUAUAGUGCUCUUGCUGGCAAUAUAUUGGCAGCAAAUUCGUUUAAUAAGAGCUAUAAGACUUUUAGCACAACUAAAAGAAGAAAAACACAGACAAGUAAUCAUAAUGUUUCACCAGAGGUUAUAGAGAACAUUAUUACGAAUGUAGAUAGACUUUUUCCUGACAUCACUUUAACAACAAGCCGGCCUUUUGUUGCCAAUCCACUAAUACAGGCUUCUCUGGGCAGAGUUCUUAGGGGUCACAUUGCAUUCAAAGGUCUUAUGAUUGAAUGGGUGGUGGUGAAAGCACAUGGAGAAUCGACAGACAUUUGGACUGAAUCUCGCUACAAAGUUUUCAGGAAAGUUACGGAAAACUGUCACGCGGCCAUGUGCCACUUUCACUCACCCAUGAUGCCUGAAUUGGCUGUCAGAUCAUUUAUGCAUUGGUUUCACAGUUACCAAAACUUAUUUAGUGUCCCUUGUAAAAGGUGUGGAAAUCAUCUUCAUAACAAUUUGCCUCCAACAUGGAGGGACCUAAGAACAUUGGAACCCUACCAUGAAGAAUGCAAAUAAUUGUGAAAUAUCUUGUAUUUAUUAAAUUAAGUUAAUUUUAAGGAAUACUUAGUGGAAGGUGAAAUAAAUUUUAAACACUUG